GGACUCCGGGCAGAGGCACAUCGGGCUGGACUUCGGGCAGAGGCACAUCGGGCUGGACUCCGGCGAAGCAGAGGCACAUCGGGCCACCAGCGGAGCAGCAGGCACCGGGCUGGCAGAGCAGCAGGCGGGCCACCAGGCGGACUCCAGGCAGAGGGCACAUCGGCUGGCAGGCUCCGGGCACCAGGCACAUCGGGCUGGACUCCGGGCAGAGGCACAUCGGAUCACCAGGCGAAGCAGCAGGCACCAGGGCCACCAGGCGGGAGCAGCAGGCACCGGGCCACCACGGGCAGAGCAGCAGGCACCGGGCCACCAGGCGGAGCAGCAGGCACCGGGCCACCAGGCGGAGCAGCAGCAGGCACCGGGCCACCAGGCACCGGGCCACCAGGCGGGGCGACAGGCAUCGGGCCCCCAGGCGGCGGAGCGACAGGCACCGAGUCACCAGGCACGACAGUGGGCUCUGAGUCAACUGGCAUGACCGCUGGCACUGGGUCAGACAUUGGAUCGUCUGGCUGGACAGCGGGCAUCGGGUCACCAGGCAUCAGGUCACUUGGCUCGACAGCGGGCACCGUGUCAUCUGGCAAGGCAGUGGGCACCAAGUCACCAGGC